AUGAUCUUUGAAUGUACAUCCUUUGAAACAAGGCAUAUCUUGAACAGUUACUCUUGUGCUACUCAACUUUCGUACAAUACAUAUAGAAUCACUGAGAAAGUAAAUCCAAUUCAAGCGGCAGUUUCAAAGAACAAUAAGCCUUUUGUGUCAAAUUCUGAUUCUGCUUUUUUUCCUAUUUUUUCAUCCUUCAAUUUUGUGGCAUAUACUACAUUAACUUUCAAGAAAACUUAA